UCAACAAUGUCGAGAAAACGGAAGCAGGGCCACACCGGGGAUGCGGAGUCGGCCAAUAAUCUUAAUCUUACGUGCAAGGGUACCGGGACUAAACGCAAGUUUGAAGAUGAAGCUGUCCAGAACAGCACCUCAGGAGGACGGAAGAAGAACAAGAGUCAAGACAUACCCAUCCGCAAGGGCGCUGGAAGACUGACGAAGUUUGAUGACGACGACGCAAACGAAGUAUCUCAAGAGCCCAUAGCGAUAACUCAGAAUGGUAAACCGACAGGUGCAUCUUCAUCAUCAUCUGCAUCCCUUCAACCACCUUCUAAGGUUGCAUCGAAGCCCCCGCGGAACUACCAUAGGUCAGAAGGUGCAGAAAAGUUUGAAAGGAAGACGCAGCGGCACCACGAGUCCAAAGGAAAGUUCCCAUCCAAUACUCAUAACGAGACGAAACACAAUGCGCCAAAUCCAUCCAUUCAGCUUGUGAAGCGACGCGAUGCACUUCUCCCUGGACGGAAAUCGCUUCCUAUAUGGCCCCAUGCUGAAAGCAUUCGUUCUGCACUACGGAAGAACAAUGUACUUGUCCUGACGGGUGAGACGGGUUCCGGAAAGUCGACACAAGUCCCUCAAUUUUUGACAUCGGAGCCAUGGUGCACAAAAUGUAUUGCGAUAACUCAGCCUCGUCGAGUGGCUGCGAUUUCGCUUGCACGACGUGUAGCAGAAGAGAUGGGAAGCUUAAUGGGGAACCAAAGUCCAGCAGCCAAAGUUGGCUAUAGCGUUCGUUUUGAUAACGCAAGUGGGCCGAACACCCGCGUCAAAUUUCUUACAGAGGGUAUGCUGCUGCAAGAAAUGCUCCGAGACGCCAACCUCGAACAGUACAGCGCGAUAGUUGUUGACGAAGUUCACGAACGAAGUGUCAAUGUGGAUUUGAUCCUUGGAUUUCUGAAAGAGCUUGUUGCGCGAGGCAUGGGGAAGAGGAAGCACCCACUGAAGGUGGUGAUCAUGAGUGCUACCGCUGAUGUGGAUGCACUCGUCAAUUUCUUCGAUCAAAAUGCCGACUCAAACACUGGAAGUAGCGCAAAUUCUGCAGACAACAGUGCGGCAACCGAGCCGGUCGAUUCUAAAUCUGUGUCUAAAUGCUUCGUGGAAGGUCGCCAGUAUCCCGUGAAAAUGACUUAUUUGCCGAAUCCGACACAAGAUUGGGUAGAAUCUGCGCUGAAGCUGAUUUUUCAGAUUCACUACAAGGAACCAUUGCCUGGAGAUAUUCUCGUAUUUCUUACUGGACAAGAUACAAUAGAAAGUCUGGAAAAGCUUGUCAACGACUACGCAGAGGGUAUGGAUAAGGAUGUUCCGAAGCUCUUAGCAUUGCCACUCUUCGCUGCGUUACCACAGCAUGCGCAGCAGCGAAUUUUCGAACCAACACCGAAUCGAACACGCAAGGUGAUCCUUGCUACUAACAUUGCUGAGACAUCCGUCACAGUACCAGGUGUCCGUUUCGUCAUUGAUUGUGGUAAAUCCAAGAUCAAGCAGUUCCGCAAUCGACUUGGACUAGAGUCACUCCUUGUCAAACCUAUUUCCAAAUCCGCAGCCAUUCAGCGAAAGGGCCGAGCAGGUCGUGAGGCCCCCGGUCAAUGUUACCGCCUGUAUACCGAAGAAGGUUAUGCAGAGAUGGAGGAGAGAACUACACCUGAGAUACUGAGAUGUGAUCUGAGUCAUGCAAUUCUGACUAUGAAAGCUAGAGGUAUAGACGAUGUCCUCAGUUUCCCAUUUUUGGAUCGCCCACCGAGAGAAGCAUUGGAGAAGGCACUCUUGCAAUUGUUACACCUCGGCGCCUUGACAGAUACUGGCAGCAUCACAGAAUCUGGAUCGCGGAUAGCGAAGCUACCACUCACACCUACCUUGGGCCGAGUUUUGGUUGAAGCAGUGGAACAAGAUUGCUUGGGUGACGCCAUUGAUAUUGUCUCAGCCCUCAGUGUCGAGAACAUAUUUCUCAAUCUGGUCACCGAGGAACGAAAAGAAGAAGCGGAGGAGGCUAGACGUGAAUUGUUCCGCCGCGAAGGUGAUCAUAUGACAUUGCUCGUCACUGUGCAACAGUAUGCCGAGGAGCACGCAGAUCGGAAGCUGUGGUGCCAGAAGCAUUUUGUGUCGCAUCGAGCAAUGCAAAAUGUCAUGAACAUUCGAAAACAGUUGCAUGAACAAUGCAAGAGACUUGGGCUUUCGGUCUCUGAAGAAAGGCCUCCGCCUUCAGACGCACAUACCAAAGCCAUACUGCAUUGUCUGUUGAAGGGGUUCAUAUCGAACACUGCACGGCUUAUGCCAGAUAGCAGUUACCGAACAUUGAUGGGAAAUCAGACUGUCUCUAUCCAUCCAAGUUCCGUCAUCUUCGGAAGAAAGACAGAAGGCAUCGUAUUCACCGAGUUUGUGUUCACAGGCAAGGCAUGGGCAAGAGGCGUGUCUGCAGUACAGCUUGAUUGGAUUACGGAAGUCGUGGAAAGCAUCAUGUGAUUUAUAGUAUAUAGAAGC